AUGGCAUCAUGGUUCAGAUCAGCUGUGAAACACCAGCCAACAAUGGAAGCGGAAGAGGAGGACAAGCAUUUAAGACAUGUCGAAACUGCAUUGUUACAACUUCUCAAUGACGAUAUCGAUGAAGCAGACAAGAUCCUGAAAGAGCAUGAAUCUUCAUAUCACUUCUUAGGUCGGGGAAUCUCAAGUUUCCUGAGUUCCAUGCUCGGUGGCGAGAAAGAGAUGGUCAAGGAAGCCUUGAAUAAACUGCUCGCCUCUGAGACUAAGAAUUGGGAUGAUAUGAAGAAAGCUCAAAAAGACUCUACAGCUUACCGGUCAAAAAUUUAUCCUGCUGGAACGGAAUAUCUUUUGUGUUAUUGUGUUUCACAGCUUACGUCUGCCAUUUGUGGAGUUAUGAGUGGCUCUGUUACAGAAGCAGUCAAAGGGUUUUACAAGCUGAGAAAAGCUUUUCAAACACUUGAUGGUAUCCUUCAGAUUGAAUCCGAGUACUUGAGAACAAGAGUGGGUAAUGUUUCAAAAACAUCACUUCGCGGCGGACCACCUCCCGCCACGACUACUCCUAAUAAAGUGAGAAUAUCUCAUGACCUCGGGCCAGACAACGAAAAAAUCGAUCCAAGUUCGAACGAGAAUUCGAAUUUGAGUGAUUUAGAUGAAUAUGAAGUGGUCGAAAAUGAGUCGGGGCCAGCAUUAACAGCAACCAUGGUCCAGUCAAGAUUACUUGAAAUCGAUCCUGCUUCUGUUGGAAUAACUUCCCAUACCGACAUUUUUAUACACUCAGGUGUACGACUCUGUUAUGGAAUGCUCCUAGUUAUCUUUUCAAUGAUCGAGAAUCCCCUUUUCACCAAAAUUCUUUAUAUUGUAGGAUUUAAAGGAGAUCGCGAGCGCGGAACUCGCUACUUGUGGCAAGCAACACGGUUCGACAAUUUCAAUAGCGCUAUUGCUGGCAUAGCGUUAUUAGGAUACUACAAUGGACUAGUUGGAUUUAGUGAUAUCCUACCAACAGAUUCUGGCGCCGAGGACGAUCUCACAGGCUACCCAAAAGAAAGAUGCCGUGCUCUAUUGAAAGAUAUGCGAGCACGCUACCCCGAAUCCAAACUUUGGCGUAUGGAAGAAGCACGAAUGCAAGGGUUUGACCGCCAACUUGGAGUCGCUAUCAAAAUUCUGGAAUCGAACGCGGAAAGCAAAAUGAAACAAAUCGCCGCUAUCAACCUCUUCGAAAUGUCUUUUACAAGUAUGUUCAUGCACGACUACGAACUCUCUAUCAAAUGCUGGAUGAAGUGCGCGGAAUUGUCGAAGUGGUCACCUGCUAUGUACGCCUAUCAGACUGGUAUUUCACAUUUAGAACUCUACCGCGAUUAUAGGAUUUCUGAUCCUGACCGCGCUAAGAAAGAAAAGGCUUUAGCGGAGAAGUAUAUUAGAAAGGCUCCGCCAUUAGCAGGGAAACAGAAAGUCAUGUCUAAAGAACUUCCAUUCGAUACAUACAUUACACGCAAAGUCCAGAAAUGGGAAGACCGUGCAAAGAACUGGAAAGUAGAUCUCGCGGACGCUACCGGGGUUUCUCCAUUUUCGGAAAUGAUAUAUCUGUGGAAUGGAUCGAGGAAACAGAAUCAGGAAGAAUUAGAAAAGAGUUUGAAGAGCGUACAGUGGGAACGCACGACUCACCCCGAAAAGUUCGAAAACGAUGUAGAUGAGAAUGCCAUACAUGCAUUAGUCGCUUCUUCAGUCUGGAAAAAUAUGGGCAAAUUCGACGACGCAAGAGCAAGUCUGCAGAACAACAUCCUUUCACAUGACCGCCAAAUCUUCAAACGCCCUCUCUACGACGACUGGACGCCCGCCUCGGCGCACUACGAAAUCGCGUGUCUCGACUGGGCUGAGAAAGAUCUACCCACCACUUCCCCCGAUGAGCAUAAGAAGAAAGUGCUUUCGUGCGAGCAGGAGUUGUUGAAGACGCAGAAGUUUGAGCAGUACGUGCUUGAUGGACGGUUGAGUAUGAAGGUUACUACGAGCUUGGUGACAGUGAGGAGGUAUAAGGGGAUUUUAGGAGUGGCGUGA